AAUGGCGUUCGAAUGGAGAAACCGUUUGGGCCGUUAACGGCCGCUGCGCGCGGACGAACGCAGGUGAGUGGCAGGCGCUUCGGCGAGUCGCGAGGCGGCCCCGCGCGGCUGAGUGGUGACGGCGGUGCCGCGAGCGCUCGAGACAUCCAAUCCCCGAGUAGAAAGGGGAGGGGAGGGGGCGCAACUGGAAGCCGGUUUAGCGAUUGGGGGCGUGGUGGGAGAGUAUCCCGAGGCUCCCAUUGGCCACAGCUGGCCGUGUAAACAAACAUUGCCUGAGUCAAUUCGCCUCAAUCCUGUCAAAACUUACCAGGGCUACCAGGAAAAACACAUACAAAACAUUUUCCUCAAAACACUUGCAUUCUCGAUAAACUGACCCAAAGUAACUAGCACCUUCUGGUGCUCACAGUCCAUACAAAUUUAAUUACUUAAUAAUAAGAAUAAGGCCUAGCUGCCCAAAUACUCACAGAAAUUCAGAGCAGUUGCAUAGCCACCAAUUGCACGCGACCACUUUUUAAAUUAGAGUCAAAUAAAUACGUUUUUAACUCGGGUGAUUGGGGGGAGGGAGAGAAACAAAUAAAUACAUUUUAAACUCGGAGGGCGGACCAAACCAGAAAAAUCUAAUGGCUCUUUAUGUUAGAUGCAACUCACACUCGUAUGUCUUUACAGUAGUUAUUUCCCCUUCCUCAAAUCCAAACAGUUGCUACUUCUGUGUUUGCCUUUUGUUUUAUUUCCACAUUUAACAGGCUUGUCCACACUUAGCUUGUCCAGUGGCUAGAAAGCACAGGUCCAAGAUGCUUUCCUCUUGCCCGGGGCUUUCUAGUCAUGGGUCCAAGCAGUUUUCCGUUUGCCCCGCUGCUUUCCUUGGGGAAACCCACUCUUUUCUGCCGGAUUAGCACAAACAUCAGUCUGUGAAAAACCUGACCAGUGUUUGCUCCAGUUCCACAGUAAAGAGCAGGUUUAAAAGUGGCGGGACAAGCAGAAGCGUGGAUGAUCCCAAAAGGAUUGAUACAUAUUAUGAAAACCUGGGGGGAAAUAGUGUCAAGAGAGGAAGUCCCAAAACAUAGAAUCAUACAAUUGUAAAGUUGGAAGGGAUCCUGAGGGUCAUCUUGUCCAAUCCCCUGCAAAGCAGGACUCUCAACUAAAGCAUCCAUGACAGAUAGCCAUCCAACCUCUGCUUAAAAACCUGCAGGGAAGGAGAGUCCACCACCUUUCCACGGUCGAACAGCUCUUACUGUCAGAAAGUUCUUCCUGGUGUUUAGUCAAAAUCUCUCUUCCUGUAACUGGAAGCCAUUGGUUUAGGUCCUUCCCUCUGGAGCAGGAGAAAUGAGCUUGCCCCAUCUUCCAUGUUACAGCCCUUAAGAUAUUUGAAGACAGUUCUCAAUCUCCUCUCAGUCUCCUUUUUCAGCAGGCUAAAGAGCAGUGCUGUUUUGCAGCCCAAGCAAGGACUGCUGUGCAUUUUUGCAUUUAUUAAGGCCCCACAUUCCAGGCCCCACAUUCAGUCUCAUACCAUUUUAAAGCUUCCCCCAUGCCAAUAUCCUGAGAACUGUAAUUUGUUAGUGUGCUGAGAGCUUUUAGGAAACCCCUAUUCCCCAUACAGAGCUACACUUCCCACGGAACUCUUGGAAAUGUAGUUCUGUGUAGGGAAUAGGAAUAUCCUAACAACUCUCAGCACACAUAACAGGCUACGGUUCCUGGGAUUCUUUGGGGUAAUCAUGAGUGUUUAAUGUACUAUGAUACAGCUUCAGAUGUGUAGUGCAGAUGGGGCCCAACAAUAAUCAGUUAAGUGUUUCUAAGCAGAAUGGAUGUUACAAGUUCCACACAACAUUCAUUGAUAAUUCUACUUUUUCCAGAAAGGGUGGUUGGUAUUUUAACAAUAUCUGAAUUAUGAAGAAAGGCUCUAAGCAGACAACUUCCAGAAGAAACAAGCAGACUGUUGCCAGUACUACCUGUAAGAAAUUGUCCAUUCAACCCUCUGAGCAGAAGAUAAAAACAUGCCAAAGAGAUUUUGUGCAGCUGUUCCCACUAGAAGUCAGCUUAAAAGUUUUUAGUGAACUUGACAUUCAGAGUUUAUGCAGUGCUGCAAUGACAUGCAAAAGCUGGAAUCAGACCAUUGAGAACUGUGAUGAUUUAUGGAAACAUCAUUGCUUGACUGUAAGGGCUGUCUGUCAGCGAGAGAUUGACGACGACAGAGGAAACGGUUAUUCAUGGAAGGUAAACAUUUGACUGUUGAAACUAUGGUGGUGAAUGAAGAUCUUGCAUUCAGAUUUUCAGUCCAAGCACAAUAGCACCCAAGUUGUUAGGCUCAAUUGCCGUUUGGUAGGGCUGUUCACCUCCAGUACCAGUACCAUUUAACAAGGUGGUUUGACAUAGCAUCAUAAUAGUACAGAGAAACAUAGCUUAGCUUCCUCUCCUUUUAAUCAAUAAAAACAAUACGUAAAAGAGAACAAUGCAUUCUCAAGGCUUCUGAAAAUAAUCAUCUCCUAAGCAUACAUUGGAUACAAUAGCCCUUUGGCUAGCACCGUUGCAGCACAUGUCUGGUGCCACAAUAAUUACUGAAUUGCUUUGCUUGUUAGGCUCUUAAUCUUACAUUGCACUCUCCCUUUCCAUGGAGGCACAGGUUACAGCAACAGCCAAGGCGACAUUUUUCCACCUUCGCCGCAUCAAGCAGUUGGUCCCUUACCUUUCCCACCCCGACCUGGCCACAGUGAUCCAUGCGACGGUCAUCUCCAGGCUUGACUACUGUAAUUCGCUCUAUGCAGGGCUGCCCUUGAAGCUGUCCCAGAAACUCCAGCGGGUGCAGAAUGCUGCAACGAGGCUCCUCACGGGGUCUCUGCCAUGGGAACAUAUUCACCCAGUGCUUUUCAAGCUGCACUGGCUCCCGGUGGAGUACAGGGUCAGAUUUAAGGUGCUGCUUUUGACCUUUAAAGCCCUUCACGGCCUAGGACCCUCGUACCUACGGGACUGCCUCUCCUGGUAUGCCCCACGGAGAGCCUCAAGGUCCAUAAAUAACAACACCCUAGUGGUCCCAGGCCCUAAGGAAGUUAGAUUGGCUUCAACCAGAGCCAGGGCCUUUUCAACACUGGCUCCGACCUGGUGGAACGCUCUGCCUCAUGAGACCAGGGCCCUGCAGGAUCUGAUUUCUUUCCGCAGGGCCUGUAAGACAGAGUUGUUCCGCCUGGCCUUUGGCUUGGAGCCAAUUUGAUUCCCUCCCUCCCUCUUUUUCUUUUUUCUUUUCCUUCUCCUCCUGCGAUGAGGCUACAUUUUAAUAUUUUAAUGUUCCAUUAUUUUAAUGUUGUAUUUUAUUUUUGUUUUUAAGUUGUAAUCAUUCAUCUUGUUUUUAUUAUUGCUUGUAAGCCGCUCUGAGCCCGGCCUUGGCUGGGGAGGGCGGGGUAUAAAUAAAAAAUUAUUAUUAUUAUUAUUAUAAAACAAGGAUAUCCAACAUGGUACACACAUCAAUAUAUUUUGGUCUACAACUUUCACCAGCCCCCACAACAUGGCUAAUGGUCAGAUAUGAUAGGAGUUCAAAGGCUUGCAAAAUCUAGAUGAUACCACAUUGCCUAGCCUUAGGGUAAAUAUUUCCAUAGUCCACUAGUGGGCAGUAGUAAACCUGUAUCUUGAGAGUUCAUUUUAACUUGCAAAUACUUUUUUCUGGUGUAAGUUAUUCUCAGUUUUAGGGUGUUUCCAUAUAUAAUGCUUGAAUAGAUCAGCAGAGCAAAUGUUAAACCUAUAAUGGCUAGUAUGUAGUCUCAUUUAUUUCUUUUACCUUCCCUUGUGCAUUAGCAGUAUUUUAACAUCGUACAACCUGCAUGAAACAAGUUCCAAUGUGUCACAUUUAGCAACAGGAAUAAGCAGUCCUUAGUUCUAUUUAUGAAAUGAUUUGCAAACAAUGGUUAAUUAAGAGGAGGGCCAAUUUAAUUCAUUGCUCAUGGCUUUCUCAUAUUCCCACCCUCAGGUCACGCUCCUGAGAAACUACUGGAAAAGCAAGGUGAAGUAUGAAUGGCUGAGUGGGAAAUAUAGCAAUAUUCAUUCCCGUGUUGCCUUGCCAGAAAAGAGCAUGUAUCCCAUGGAUGUGGACACCUGGGGAGAAAUCCUGGAAGCUGAACUGGAAAGAUAAGAUGCCCAAAUAAGGAUCUUACACAGAAGGAACUAGAAAUGAACUCAUCUGCAGAAAAGAGUGUCCUAUAUACAAUUGUGGCAGCUUUACACAUUGCUGUUGUUUUGUUUUGCACUUUCAGAGCUGCUGUUAUUUAAUUGUUUGUUUUAAAGUUUGAAACGCAGUGUGUGUGUAUUUCUCUUCUUGGACAACCCUCUCAAAAUGUACUUUGCAAAUUAUGUCAAAACAUGUUUGAAAGCUGGAAUGUUAUUAUAUUCUGCCUUAACCUGUUGCAGGAAUUAGCUGGAAGGGAAGCUUAGGAUGACAUAGUAAUGAAAAGAAAAGGAGCAUGCCUGCUGCAUGAAUAAAGUCAUUAGAAGGAUUUUGAUAUACAUCUGGAAUAAGAGGAAGAA